CGUUAAAAUAUAAACUAUAGUUAAUGUGUAAGCUAAGGGUAACUAUCCGUGUUAUAGCACAGUUACUAGAAACAAUACUUAUGUUCUGUUAAUUUUUUGUCUAAGUUAUAAGAAGCUAAAGAAAUGACAAUUAAAACGAUUGCAAUAAUCCCCCAACAAUCUGGUAUUAAAGUUUCUAAGAGCAAAGUUGUUGAAAUAGACAAGGGCAAAACAUUUAAGUUCGAUGGCGCUUAUGUAAACGCUGGCAGCUUUCAGCAAAUUUAUGCCGAUCACUUCACUUCCGCUACCUUGAGUGCUGCCAAUGGACUUAAUGAAUCAUUUAUGCAAUUCAGUAAUGGAUCAGAUGAAGGAGAUGUGUUUCGUACAACCAACACAAGAGUUGGAUUGCUUGAAAUUAUAAUGAAAGAAAUGUUUCAAAAAUUACAACCGAAAGAUGGAAACCCACAAAACUUAGUUUCUGUAUCUAUGGUGCAGGUGACAAAAUCUGGAGAAUUGAAGGACAUGGGGAAUCCCCAUGACAGCCUCUCUAUGUAAAGCUUCAUUCUUCUCAAGGAAUAUACAUCCAUGGUUUGUCACAGAUAGUAUGUGGUGUUUAUCAAGAUGUGGUACGGUUGUAUGAAGAUGGUUGCCAAGCAUCAAAUACACUUAAACUUUCCCCACAAUUCUCACUACUUACUGUGAGGAUCAACAGCAAACCUGGUGGAAAUCCUGGCAAGGGAACUUUGUCUACUUUUCAGUUUGCAAACUAUUCUUCAGAACAAAGAAGCAUGGACAGUGUGCAAGAGUUUUUAAGUUCGAUUGCUCAAAAGAAAGGGAAAGUGUCAGAGAAGCUGGUCACUCGCUCCCACGCCACACAACUCAUGUUCGAUGUUAUGUUAGAAAACAAGAACUGCCAUGUUAUUACUUCAGUGGAUGGUGCUGAUUUAAAAUUGGCCGGAAAGAUUCUUUCCUUGAAUGAGCCUUUGUCUGGGGUUGGUUCGACACCCAAAGUUAACCCAGAUAACAGCUCCAUUGUGAUGCAACAGUUACGACAGGAGAUUGGAGGUGUCCGAGACAGAUUGGCACAGCUUCCUCCACCUCAUAAUAAACAGGAGCUUGCUAGGAUGGAGAAACUCAUGGAGGAUCUGGAAGAAACAAAGAUGUUGGACUGGGAUCAAAUUCUCUGGAAGUCCGAUAAGUUUCUGGAAGAAAGAAGAUCAAACUUUGCUCACAAAGGUUUACUGUGGAUUCUUGAAGCUGUCAGACCUGCUACGAAAGAAAAUGUUCAAAAACUUCAAAGCUUAAAGGAAAAGCUUAUAAAAGAAUGCAAACAACAGCAGUUGGUGACGAACCAGGUGACAUCAGAAUUAAAGGACUUGAUUGACAGUUACACACAACAGAUUAAAUCAGGUAAAAACAGUGAGAGCGAGUCAAAAGCAAAAGUUGCUGCUAUUCAACAAAUGAAAGAUCAUUUUAAAGUAGAAAAUGAAAAAUUUAAAGAUUUGAAAGGGAAGCUGAUUAAUGUAAAAGAACAACUUCAAUUAGAGAUUCAGAAUGGUGUGGAACAAAGUUCAAACAACUUUGAUUCUGCUUUUCAUUCAAUGCAAGAUGAAAGGGAGAAGAUGAGAGAGGAAAACGCUCAACUUGUGGAAGAUGAAUUGGCAAAAAUGAAGAUUGAGGUUGACAGAGCUUCCUCUGAAUUAGACAUGCAGGUCUCUUCCAAAUCAUUGGUCACAUCGGAGCAGAAAGUCUUGGAUAAUGAGAAAGAAUUGGUGAAACUACGAGCUGAGAAAUCUGUGAUGACCGCCCAGCUUGAAGUUUUUAAAAGGGAAUCUGCUCAGAUGGAAGACCACAUGAGGAUUUUGCUUGAAAAACAUAACAAGCAGAUGUCAAUACAACAACUUCAGAACAUGCAGACUUUCCGUGCAUAUCGACAGGUUCAUGAAGAUUUUAAGGUUGAACUUGAAAACAGAUGGAGAAGUUUGUUGGAUGAAGCAAUUCAGGAUGCCGUCUUCCUCAGUGCGAGGAACACAGAGCUUAAAGAAAGAAAUGGACAACUUCAACAAGAACUUGGCAAAAUGAAAGAUGACAGAAGUUUAAAGAAGGGGGCAAAAGCCAUUGGUCUCUAAGAUAUUCAGGACUCUUUUAUAAACAACUCUUCAAUUAAGAUAUGGUCCAACUGCUUCAAAAAAGUAAUUAUUUUUGCACGCAAAUUAUUGAACCUAUUUUAAUUUUCUUGUCUCUUUGCUUAAAUGUACUGCAGUAAUUUUUUCACAUUAGUUUAGAUAUUAUGUAUUUUUUAUGAACGACCCAUGCACUUACUUUUGUAUAUUUUUGUAAUUGUGAGUUUUCUAUUCUUCAUCAUAGUUUAGGGCAGUAGAAUUCGUCUGACCAUGUACAUAGGUUACAAACGUUUAACAUGCUACUUGUGAAACACGACCUUGUUAACCUAACUUGAUGAUCUGUAUUCGUUUCCUAAAUCUUAUAAAUAGGCUUUAAAAUGAUGUGUUGUCAAGUACAGCGAUGAUACGCGUUUACGCACUGUGCUUGUCAGCCGAACACGUAAUAUUCAAUCACUGUCAUUCUAAUCAUUCACACAGUAGAAAUAAAAUUAGAGCUGGUUUUAA